ACCAACCUGUUAGACCUUAAGGAACAUGCUUCGUCCCUGGCUUCCUCCGGUCUGAAGAAGGACUCUAAACUGAAGAGUCUGGAGAUGUCUCUGGAACAGAGGAAAGACGAGUUCAUCAAGAUGGAGAACCAGCUCAAGAAGGCCCAGAAUGCCAUGCUGGAGGCCCAGGCCAACACGGAGCUGUCACAACGCAUUGUUACUCUGGAACAGGAAGUAACUCGGCACAGAGAGGAUUCUGGGAAGGCCCAGGUGGAGGUGGACCGAUUGCUGGAGAUCCUCAGAGAGAUGGAGAACGAGAAGAACGACAAGGACAAGAAAAUCAAUGAACUGGAGAAACAGGUGAAGGACCAAACUAAGACGGUGGCCCACCUGAAACAUAAGGAGCAGGUGGAGAAGAGUAAGAACGCCCAGCUGGUGCAGGAGGUCAGGAAGAGAGAGGACAACCUCAAUGAGAGCUCUCAACACGUCAAGGACUCCCUGCGCCAGAAGGAGGAGCGUAUAGAGGAGCUGGAGGAGGCUCUGAGAGAGAGUGUCCAGAUCACAGCAGAGAGAGAGAUGGUUCUGGCUCAGGAGGAAGCUGCUCGCACACACACUGAGAAACAGAUGGAGGAGCUGCUUGCGGCCAUGGGGAAGGUGAAACUGGAGCUGGAGUCCAUGCAGGCCAAGCUGUCCUCUACCCAGCAGUCAUUGGCUGAGAAGGAGGCCCACCUGACCACACUGAGGGCAGAACGCAGGAAACACCUGGAGGAGGUGCUGGAGAUGAAACAGGAGGCGCUGUUAGCAGCCAUCAGUGAGAAGGAUGCCAACAUCGCCCUGCUGGAGCUGUCCUCGUCCAAGAAGAAGAAGACGCAGGACGAGGUGGCCAUGCUGAAGAGAGAGAAGGACAGCCUGGUACAACAGCUCAAACAACAGACCCAGAACCGUAUGAAGCUGAUGGCCGACAACUACGAGGCUGAGCAUCUGAAGGCCUCCUCACGUUCUGAGCAGACCAAUCACAAACCCUCCCCAGACCAGAUCAUCUCUCCUCUCCUGGACCUGAACCAGAACCGCAGUAAGCUGAAGAUGUAUAUUGGUCACCUGAGAGACCUGUGUCAGGAGAGAGACCCCCAGAUCCUGCAGGACCUGACACCUCCCUCCUCCUACCACAGCUCUCAACACACUGCCUGGGAGACUCAGCUUCACAACAUGACCCCAGAGCAGUUGGAGUCGGAGCUGGCGGUGUGUGAGAGGGAGAGUGCAGAACUCCAGGAGCAUGCUAACUGUGUCCUGCAGCAGAUCGCUGACCACUGCCCCGACAUCCUGGAGCAGGUGGUCAACGCCCUGGAAGAGUCCUGCUGACCUGUCAAAGUCCCCGCCAGCCACACUCUCACAACGCGUCAAGAGAGAGAGAGAGAUGCCUUUAUAUUCGCGGUCCUUCGUUUCCUGCCUUACCAGUUCUCCCAAUAUCUCUUUGGGGAUUUGUUACUGAUUUAUUAACAAUGAUUUGUCAGAUUGGUGCAACAAUCCUCUAAAUCUAAAAAUGUUUGUGGUGAGAAGGCCUUCUUGAACCGUUCCUGACGUUGAACCCUGUCUUUUUCUUAGACCACAAAACCUGUCCGUUACUAAGGUGUGGUCAACUAUGUUAUAUUAGUGUUACUCACAUACAGUUACUGCUUAGUUACUACACAUUACUGCUUAGUUACCACACAGUUACUGCUUAUUUACUGCUUAGUUACCACACAGUUACUGCUUAGUUACCAUACAGUUACUGCUUAGUUACUGCACAGUUACUGCUUAGUUACUACACAUUACUGCUUAGUUACCACGCAGUUACUGCUUAUUUACUGCUUAGUUACCACACAGUUACGGCUUAGUUACUAUACAGUUACUGUUUAGUUACUACACAGUUACUGCUUAGUUAGUUACUGUCCUAAUGGUGACUGUCCUAAUGGGAUGGGGAUAUCAUUAUGGCCAAUAUGAAGAGAAGCUAGAGACUCUGAAUCAUGGUCAUGUACCCACUACAUCCCUCCUACAGCUUUCUGUCCUGUCGUCCUGCAUUCCACAUGGAACCCUAUUCCCUUUAUAGAACCCUAUUCCCUUUAUACAACCCUAUUCCCUUUAUAGAACCCUAUUCCCUUUAUAGAACCCUAUUCCCUUUAUACAACCCUAUUCCCUUUAUAGAACACUACAUUUCAUCACGGCCCAUAUCAAUCAAUCAAUCAAUCAAUCAAAUAUAUUUAUGAAGCCCUUUGUACAUCAGCUGAUAUCUCAAAGUGCUG